UACAAGGAUUUAUCAUGGGGAAUAUGCUUACAAUUGGUGUAAAAUAUUGAAAAAGUUUUACUAAUCAUUUUAUGUUUUUGUUUUAAAGUUUCUUGGCUUUAAACUUUAAAAUCCCAGUAUUAAAGCAGCAUUUUUCGUCAUUAAUGCGCCACUCGCAUCCAGCUGUUCGGACACUCCAUCUGUGUUUGAAGAGGAUGCAGACAGCUGGAUGAGACAGAGGUGAGCACAGACAAGCUGGCGCCAGGCUUUCACACAAUCACAGGAUAUGUAAAGACUUCAAUAACGACCCAUUAGGCCUAAUGAUUGAGAAUCGAUCAGGCGUUAACUCCUCCAUGCAUAUGUUAAUGCGAUGCCGGUACAGGCCUAUAUAUUCAGCCCGCUUCUGGAGACAUGGCAAACAGUUUGGGAUUCUGUUGGGAUAGUUUGACUUCCUCAGACAGACAGACAGCAAUCAUGGUUAAGGAUUUUUCUGUGGACUGGCUCGCCCAAAGCUUUCACGAUUCGGAGAAAAAGACGCACAGGCCGCACGUGCCGUGUGUGGUUCAACCGAGGCCUCCAACAUCCUACGACAAGGUUUAUUUGCAGCCAAAACCAAAGGUUUCCAAAGUUGAACAGAAACCAGAGACCAUUAAGGAGAACGAGGUCACGACUCCAAGACACUGUUCAUCUCCAAGCUUUUCAGAAAACAGCGGCUAUUCGUCUGGUUAUGAAAGCGAAGCGGCCGCUUCUGAAUGCGCGUCCGCGGAAGAUGGGAACGACGUGGAAAAAGACGCGGCGACGCGCAGAAUCAGAACCAAAUUCACUCCGGAACAGAUCGACAAACUUGAGAAAAUCUUCUGCAAGCACAAAUACUUGGACGCGGGAGAAAGAGUGAAAACCGCAUUGAAACUCAAUCUGUCAGAAACCCAGGUCAGAACAUGGUUCCAGAACCGCAGGAUGAAGCUGAAGCGGGAAGUUCAGGAAAUGCGCGCUGAAUAUCUUCUGCCUCAGAUGGUUCUUCCGGUUCAGUACCACUGCUACGACAGACAGCGACUUCCGUUUCCGGCUCACGGCGCGCUGGUGCACCAGAUGAUGACGCAUCAUCCGCUCGCUCCUCAUCAUCACCUCAUGAUGGCGAGGCAACAUUACUACUGAAGACAGACACGUUCCCUUAUAAAAACACUUAUCAUAUUCUGUGUGCAAUGUGCUUUGUAAAAAUAGUGUUUAAUUAAAAAGAAGAGUUUAUUUAUUUUCAGAAAUAAAGUUUAAUGUCUAA